UAAAGUAAAUAUACAACAGUGAAUCAUGGUUUUAAAAUCAGAAAUGGAUCCGCCUUGUAAACCACACAAGCAGUUUCAUGAGUAUCUGUUCGCGAAGAUGGGGCCAGGGGACCGAGGGCCGAAGACCACGGAGGACCGGGCCGCGCCGGUAGACCCCACCGGUGUCAGGAAGUGGUUUAUGGACAAUACCAUGCUGGUCGUCACAUUAAUUGGCGUGCUCACUGGUAUCGCUAUCGGUUUCGGCUUGCGUCCAUACAAUCUCGGUCCCGAUGCUUUAAUGAUCAUUUCGUACCCCGGCGAGCUCUUCAUGAGGCUAUUGAAGUUGAUGAUCCUUCCUUUGAUCAUAGCGAGCCUGAUCGCUGGAUCUGCUAGCCUGAACGCCAAGAUGAGCGGGAAGAUUGCUGUCCGGACUCUACUCUAUUUUAUACUUACGUCCAUGUUUAACGCUUUUCUGGGGAUACUCCUUGCAAUGAUGAUUCACCCUGGGCAGCCGGAACUGCGAGAGGACUUUGUCGUGGCCAUUGAAAACAAAAGAGAUCACAGUAUUCUUGACAGUCUUCUGGAUAUUGGUCGAAACAUUUUCCCGGACAACAUCGUGCAGGCCGCGUUCCAGCAGGCGCAUACCGUAUACGCGGAGCAGCCAUCGCUGUUUGCUAGGAACCUCACGGAUAACGACACGGCGCCGGUUCUAGUCCGUGUCGUGUCCUACAGAUCAGGCACCAACACACUCGGCCUCGUCUUCUUCUGUCUCGUGUUCGGGAGUUUGCUCGGCACUCUCGGCCCCAAGGGCCAGGUUGUCAUCGACUUCUUUCAAGCCAUCUUCGAGGUCAUCAUGAAGAUGGUGACGGGCGUCAUGUGGUUCACCCCUGUGGGAGUCAGUAGCGUCAUCGCUGGAAAGAUUCUUGGUGUUAGCAAUGUUGCUCAAGUGAUGUCCCAGCUGGCCUGGUUCAUCGCUACGGUGGCGGUGGGUGUGUUCCUGUAUCAGCUAAUCGUGAUGCAGCUCAUCUAUUUCAUGUUCCUACGGAAGAACCCCUACAAGUUCUAUUGGGGACUAUCUCACGCAAUGUUGACUGCUGCCGCUACUGCUUCAACAGCCGCAGCCCUCCCAGUUACGUUUCGCGCGAUGGAAGGCCCGCUCCGCAUCGACCCUCGCAUCACACGCUUCGUGCUGCCCAUCGGCUGCAACAUCAACAUGGACGGCACGGCCCUGUUCCUGGCUGCGGCCAGCGUCUUCGUCUGCCAGAUGAACAACUUGCAUCUAGGGUUCGCGCAGCUCGCUACCAUAUUCUUGACAUCGACAGCAGCGUCAGUGUCGUCUGCGUCAGUGCCGUCGGCCGCCAUGGUGCUCCUGCUCGUGGUGCUGGCGGCGGUGGAUGCGCCCGCGCACGACGUGUCGCUGCUGUUCGCUGUGGAUUGGCUCGUUGACCGGAUACGCACCACAAACAACAUGCUGGGAGACUGCUACGCGGCCGCGGUGGUGGAGCACCUGUCUAAGAAAGAGUUGAUGGCUUGCGAUGCCGUGACCAUGGAGCCAGUGGUCGCCAAUGGUCUUAUCCCGACACCAAACACUGAAGAUGAAAGAUUAGAUACACCAUCAGGGAAAAAAUCCAUAACAUCCGACGACAUUAUUAUCGAUAUGCAUUUAUCCUCCCAGGCAAGCAGUAGUCCUGUCAAACGAAUUUAGCUCAUGAAAUCCCUAAACAGACUGUGUUUUUAAACCAUUUUUCUAAAUAGACAAGUCAAAGUUGUCUGUAUUUUAGAAUUGAUUUUCAAUUGUUAAAUAUUUCCAUUCAGUGGUCCCAAUUAUUGUUACUUAAUUCGCGAUGCUAAGAGUUUGGUGUAUUCCCAUAUGUCC